GGGCGGGCGGGCCGGCGCUGAGCUGCUCCGUUGGCGCUUGGCAGCCUCCCGUUACUCCCGGCUCAGCCUUCCUGCACCUUCUGCAGAGCCAAAGAUGUUCUUCAGAGCAGCCUGGAGCUUGGCGCUGCGGCGAGGGGGCCCCGGAACCCGAGCUGCUCACGGCCCAGGAGCCGCCACUGCUGCCGCUCACAGUAAGGAGAAGAUGCCCCCGUACACUGACUACCACGCCCAGCGCUCCUACCCCAUGCCCAACGAGCCCUUCUGCACGGAGCUCAGCGCUGAGCAGCGGGCCCUGAAGGAGAAGGAGAAGGGCAGCUGGGCCCAGCUGAGCCACGCCGAGAAGGUGGCCUUGUACAGACUCCAGUUCCACGAGACCUUCGCAGAGAUGAACCAUCGCUCCAAUGAGUGGAAGACAGUGAUGGGGGGACUCUUCUUCUUCGUUGGAUUCACGGCUCUGCUGAUUUGGUGGCAGCGCGUCUAUGUCUUCCCGAAGAAGCCCAUCACGCUGACCGAGGAGCGGAAGGCCCAGCAGCUGCAGCGCAUCCUGGACAUGAAGGGCAACCCCGUGCAGGGCCCUGCCUCCCGCUGGGACUACGUGAAGAAGGAGUGGAAAAAGUGACGACCACAGCGCCCACAACCCCACCAGCCCAGCCCGUG